GACUUUGAGAAUGGUCAUUUGUAGGUUUCUGAACCUUCCUGGAUGGAACAUGGUAGGUUUGGUGAAACUCCACCUCUUAAAAUUUUUAAAGAAGAUCACCUUUGGUUCUCUGAAAGAGGCAGUUAAUUGGAAAUUCUAACUGCCUAGCCUUUAGAUUUUCCAAGCCCACUUCUGUACUUGGUAGCAGCUGAUUGGCUGUUACUAAAGUUAAGUGGACCAUUAAACCAGUAAACUGAAAAUUUGGACCCGAGUCUUCUUUCUGAGCCUGAAUGGAAGAAAGCUUGGGAAAACACAACAAAGAAAGGGGCAAGUGAUCAGGCAUCUACUCUUAGGAAGCAGUCACGAUGGAAUUGCCACUUUUAUAUAUUAUAAUUUUACUUUUGACCAUAUUUGACCUUUCAUCAGGAAUAAUAUAUAAUAAAGGUGAUAUAGAGAAACACUUUGCUUGUGCCAGUGAAGGGAUCCCCCCAAAGAAUGAAAUAAUCAAGCUGUACCUUUCUUCCAAUGACUUGAAAAUCCAGUGUUUUUUACUAUCUGAAAGUGGGCAUACUUCGCAGGAAUUUCUAGGUGUGUUCACAUCAGGAGGACUCGCUCCCAGCUUGGAAAUUAUAAAUAGUACAUAUACAGGCAUCUUCCACUUUAACUUAACUUUGUUCAGUGAUCGACUUUACUGGUUGAUUGAAAUUCCCAGAGAAAACAUUACGAAAAAUACAGAUAUCGCAGCUGUAGAAGAAUGGUUAGUAAGGAUCACAUUACAACACGGAUUACAUAUUUAUACCACUGAAGGAACACUAUUGGAUAAUGUCCGAGAACCUAUUCUUCAGGGGGAUCUCGGGGCCAUAAUGACAAAAAAUGAUAUCAGCAAAGUGUAUCAGCACGUGAUAGACCUCAAAGUGGCAAAAUGCCCCUGUGCUAACGAUGUAGCGUUACUUGGCUUCAUUCUGAAUGAAACCUACAACGGUAUUUACAUAGGCCUCAGUUUUUCUGGAUUUUGGAAUUACAGUGAUACCACGUGGUAUAACCUGACAGAUACGAUCUAUUCCCAAGUUGGAGAAGAACACACAAAGCUUUCAGUGGUGGAUAUGGUUUUAACCAAUCACUUUUUAGUUAUCCUCACCUCUCUGGGUCUUUUUGUAAGUGGAGAUCUCCGUUAUCCAUCAUCCUCUGUCUUAACGUUUUCAAGGGCAGACUUUUGUGGUUUCGAAAGGGUUGACUAUGUCAAAGGAAAAUUGUGGUAUAAUGAAAAAUGUUUUGCCAACAGAGAACACUUUGAAGUUGAUUAUGUUACGAUCACCUUUGAGAGAAACAGGACCCUAAGUGAGUCAAGCUCUUGUUUUUACAGCAAAGAACCACUCCGUCAAUGGUUACCUUGCUUACCUCACAUUUUAAAAGGAAGGAAAACUAUCGCUUCAACUCUGGUAACGUUUCUUGUUGACCAAGAGCACAGUGCUGGAGUCUACCUCUUCUCCAACCAGAAAACCACCACUGUCUCUGUGAGCACCCUAAAAAAUAACAAACCAGGAUUAAAACCAAAAUUUCCACUUUUCGUAUUUCCUUCAUCAUUCUCUUCUCCUGUUGGAAUGGUAUUCCAUCCGCGAAGCCAUUUUCUGUAUGCUUAUGGUGAUCAGGUAUGGUUUUCGGUCGACGGCGGCAACACUUUCGAAUUUUUAGCGGACUUUCACGAUGAUAUCAUAGAGAACACUUACCAUAGUUUUUAUACUUCAGAUAUUACUUUUGUCUCCCAAAGUGGAAAUGUUUACUUGACGAAAGCGGGAUUAAGAAGAUAUAGUAAAAUCGGAUCUAUUAAUGACAAUAUAUUCACAUUAUACUAUGACCACAUGGGUUUCAUACAUAAACUGACUCCAGACCAUUUUGAAGCUGGUGGGUCAUUUGCAGCCUUUGGAAAUUCUAAAGGUAUUUUUGGACAGCCUCCUGACAUGGGCUUCGAAACUGCACUCGCGCCACAGUUUAUCACUUUAAAAGAAGUGGUUUUUUUUGCGUACGUCCCCACAAACGAACCUCAGGAAAGUAGAUACACCAAGAAAUUCAGCAACAUCCACUUGGGAAAAGUGAUACACUCCAGGAAAACUGGAACAGCUUAUAUAAGAGAGAUACUACAACAUAACCUUACCGAAGGAUUUUUGUCCUCUAUUAUUGUGGAAGUGAUAGACCCUUUUGGAAUAGAAGAAGUGAACGAGAGCUCUUGUUUGUCUAGUUCCCUUUCCAUUACUCAAACUGGCAAUGUCACCUAUAAACUUACUCUUCAACCGCAAACCUCAGGUACCAUUUCUUCAUUUCAAGAUCUGGAUGUGGAGAAGACCGUGGUGAUUCCUGGUUACAGCAGUUUCAUGAUCAUAAGCAUUUUAGAUGAUAAGAAUGCUUUGGCUAUUGCUACCAUGCCUGCAAAAGUACUCAACAAUAUGACCGUCCCCAAAGACUCCUGGUUCCUAUACAACUUUGGGCACAGGAAUGGACGAAUGUGGAAAAUAUAUGCAAAACCAUGUAAUUACUGGUUUCAACAACAUGAUGAUUCCCUAUCCCUCAAUGUCCUGAAAUACAUUGAUCUGGGGAAGUCUCAUACUUUAAAAGUUAAGGUCAUACCUAAUACAAAAGGUGUUCGAACACUUGAAAUACCACUACUGAAUGUCAUUGUUGGAAACCCAAAUUUGUUAGAAGUUAAAACUGAAGGCUCUUUCGAUGAUACUGAUAGUUACGUAAUGAAAAUUUCUGCAGCUAGCAAAGCUUUACGUCAAGGUUCAACCUCAUUGGCAUUAGUUGUCUGGGGAGCAUCUACUGAGUGCUUUGUCACAACGGUCGUGCCAACAUUGAAAAACAGCUGUAGUUAUCUCAAAUCCAUGCAUCAUAUUCCGAGUAAGCCUAUCCCACUGGAAGACUGGACUAGUGGCAUUCACAAAGACAGUCAGGGGUUCAAUAUGAUCAAAACUUUGCCGGUCAACUACCGGCCUCCAUCUAAUAUGGGGAUUGCCAUUCCCCUCACAGAUAAUUUUUACCAUGCAGACCCUAGCAAACCCAUACCGAGAAAUCUAUUUCCUAAGUCAAAGAAAUCUGGUAAAUUCAAACAGUGUGCUAAUGCGUCUACUCGGGAAGAGUGUAAUUGCACAAAUGAUCAGAAAUUUUCACAUGCUGUUGCUUUCUCAGACUGCAGAGAAAAGGUUCCUCGUUUUAAGUUUCCAGUUACACAAUAUCCAAUUUCUUUGGAAAUUUACAGUGAGGAUGGACAUAUCCCAGUGGAAAUGCCGUAUCUGGUUACCGUGACUGAAGUGAACAGGAGGGAAAAUUGGAACCUAAAACACAGUGUACCAGAGAAUGUAAAAAAAUUGAAAGAUUACUUAGAACCACGUCUUGAUGCUCCAGUGUAUAAUCCUUUAGGCCUCAACUUAAGUAUAAAGGGCUCUGAACUUUUUCACUUCAGAGUGUCUGUUGUUCCAGGCGUCACUUUUUGCAACUUAGUUGAAGAAUUUCAGAUUUAUGUUGAUGAAGUACCAUUGCCGUUUCCGGGACACACACUUAUUGCUGUGGCCACAGCUGUAGUGCUGGGGGCAUUGAUUUUUAUAACAUUUAUGCUUCAAAUACGUAACAUCCACCCAGGUGAUAUGUUCCAAAACUUUAUGACAACAAACAAAGUGAACUUAUCAAAUCUCAGCAUCAAUCAGCUGCCUUAUAGAUGAAAAUCUGAAUAGUGAACAAACAAUAAUCACAAUUCUCUCUUUAUUUCCUGUUUUUAUUAGACAAUUCCUAGAACAAUAUGUUUAAAUGUGAAUAUAAAAAUGAGAUAAAAUGCUAUUACCAUUCAACUCAUUAUAACUCAAAUUGCUAUUUGUCAGUGUGUUUACCAUUCUGUGUUCCUAUUUUAAAUACAUGAAAAAUUACUUA